CUUCCUCAUCCCAAAGAAAGGGGGAGCACUGCGUCCCAUUCUGGAUCUGCGUGUGUUAAACAGUCAUCUGAGAAAAUACACGUUCAGAAUGUUAACAAUAAAAGUGUUGUGUCAGAUCUGGCAGAUGCAUAUUUUCACAUCGAGAUUUUCCCUGCACACAGGAAAUUCCUCAGGUUUGCUCACCGGGGCAUAGCCUACGAAUACCGAGUGCUCCCGUUUGGUCUCUCGCUGGCUCCACGGGUUUUCAGCAAAUGUGUGGAAGCAGCACUGUCUCCGUUAAGGAGCAGAGGUAUCAGGAUAUUUUCGUACAUAGACGAUUAUCUGAUAUGCUCUCAUUCACGGGAGCAGGCACUCAGGGAUGUGGAGACUGUGACGUCUCACCUCAGCGGCCUGGGUUUCAGAAUAAACUGGACCAAAAGCCGAGUGCUUCCCGCACAAUGCAUCUCCUAUCUGGGUGUCAGUAUAGACUCCCUCAGAUAUCGUGCCACGCUAUCGGAGGAGAGGCUACAGUCGUUCAAUCAGUGUCUGGCCCGGUUUCAACCGGGGACAGCAGUGCAGUUCAGACUGUGUCUACGGCUGCUGGGGCUAAUGGCUUCUGUCAUUUCAGUAGUGAGGCUGGGCCUCCUGCUGAUGAGGGAUGUGCAGAGAUGGGUGGCAUCGUUAAGACUGUGUCCCCGCCGUCACCUCUCUCGCUCGGUGACAGUUUCGCCAGAGUGCACGGCAGCUCUCCACCAGUGGAGAAAUCCGGCGAUUUUCUCUCAGGGUGUCAGCCUGGGGACGGUGGCGUCAAGGGUUGUCAUAACAACGGACGCGUCCAUGACAGGUUGGGGAGCGACAUUCAAGGGCAGAGCAGUGAAUGGCACCUGGUCAGCGGAGCUGGCUCAGGCGCAUAUAAACUAUCUCGAGUUGAUGGCAGUGUUUCUGGCCUUGAAACAUUUUCUCCCUCACCUGAGAGGGCAGCAUGUGCUGGUGAAAUCCGACAACUCCACGGUGGUGGCAUACGUGAACCGUCAGGGAGGCACGCGCUCUUCACGGCUUCACAAACUGGCACAGAAAAUAAUUCUGUGGAGCGUCUCUCGGCUCGGGUCGCUGCGGGCGACGCACGUAGCGGGAGUGCUGAACAGGGGCGCAGAUCUCAUGUCAAGAGGAAACCCUCUGUUCGGGGAAUGGAAACUCCAUCCCCAGGUGGUGAGCCAGCUGUGGCAGAGGUACGGCCGGGCUGCCGUAGAUCUGUUCGCCUCGCGAGAAAACGCGCAUUGUCAGCUGUAUUUCUCAUUAACGGAGGAGGAUGCGCCGUUAGGUGUGGAUGCGCUGGCGCACCCGUGGCCAAACGUCUUGCUGUACGCAUUUCCUCCUCUCAGUCUGAUCUCCCCCACACUGACCAGAGUGAGAGCUCAGGGCCUGUCGCUGAUUUUGAUAGCCCCACGGUGGCCGUCCAAACACUGGAUAGCGGAGAUAGUUCAAGUACUAUCAGGCCAACCUUGGCCCCUGCCGCUGCGCAGGGACCUCUUGUCUCAGGCAGGGGGGGAGAUUUACCAUCCCCAUCCAGAGCAGGUGGCUCUCUGGGCCUGGCCCGUGAGAGGUUAAAUUUGGGCACUGCUGGAUUGCCUCGGAACGUGAUCGACACUAUUCAGUGUGCGAGGGCUUCAUCCACUCGCUCAUUAUACAGUUGUAAGUGGCGAGUGUUUGAGGAGUGGUGUGAGGCC